AUGGGCUGUAAAAACUCCAAGAUUACUCCUUAUAUGGAGCUGGUGCAUGAAUUAUGUGGAAAGCUCAAAGAAAUGGAUUUCAAACAUAUCCCAAGGAUACAAAAUGAGUUUGCUGACGCUUUGGCCACUGUAUCCUCCAGGAUUCAGCACCCAGAUCAGAGUUACAUUGAUCCUUUAGAAAUAAGUUUAAAGGAGAAACCCGAGCAUUGUGCACACAUUAAAGAGGAUCCUGAUAGAAAGACAUGGUACUAUCACAUCAAAAGUUGGGCUCUGUACGUUGGCAGGAGCAAUCCAGAUCCAAGAAGCUAUGAUUCUUGCUGUUUGAUGGAUUUGCUGUCAAACUCAAUUCUUCAGUUAGCUGCGGAGGGCAAGAUUAACAAGGAUGAAAUUGUUUCAUUUAACAUGCCUUCUUAUACAACAUAUGAAGAAGAUAUAAAGAAGAUCAUACAAAUGGAAGGAUCAUUUAAUCUUGAAAGACUUGAAACAUUUGAGAGCGAUAUGGUUGCCAUUGAGAAACCUAAUGGCAAACAUUUUGAAGAUAGUGCCAAGUUAGUAGUUAAGACUAUAAGAGCUGUUACUGAGGUUAUGUUGGCUUCUCAUUUUGGGAACUCCAUAAUUGAUUAUCUAUUCGAUAUAUAUAUAAUGCAUGUCACAGAAUAUCUAUCGAUGGGCAACACGAUAAAGUUCUGCAAUAUUAGUCUAUGCUUACAAAAGAAAUGA